AUGAAUUCAAGAAUUCAAGAAGAUAAUGCUUGGAGACAUGGAGACCGAGCACCAAUAACAAUUUAUCCGACCGAUGUUCAUCAGGAAGACGCUUGGCCGAAUGGCCUCGGUGAAUUGACUCAAAGAGGUAUUGUGCAGCAGUAUAUGCUUGGGAAACAUAUUCGAGAACGCUAUGUCGAACAUUUUGCACCUUUUUUAUCACCAACUUAUAAUCAUAAAGAAAUAUAUAUAAGGAGCACAGAUGUUAAUCGGACUUUAAUAAGUGCAAUGGCCAAUGUUGCUGGAAUGUUUUCCAGUGAUCCCUAUAACCGAGACAGGAAUAUGUCGAACCUUAUGUGGACACCAGUACCAAUUCAUACUGUAGAACUGUCGACUGAUUAUAUUGGCAAUCCAGAAGCAAGCUGUAAACGUGUUGAUCAGAUAUUUGAUAAGAUUCAAAAAAGUGACGAGUAUAAAAAAGUGGAAUUCGAUAACAAGGAGUUUCUGGAAUUUUUGAGUAACAAAACGGGAAUGAAAAUUCUCUUUUCGCAAAUAUCUAUCAUUCACGAUGUCUACGAAACAGAGGCAUCUUAUACAGCUCUUUAUCACGACAUGGAGCAGCCAGCAUGGCUAAAUGACGAAGUUGCAAGCAAGAUUCAUCAAUUAUCGCUCGCUUAUUUCGCAUUUGCUUUUGGAUAUAAAAAGCCAAAAAACAUCGAGCUCAUUCGAUUAAGAGGAGGUAAUUUACUCAAGAAUUUGAUCGAAAAUAUGGAAGCAAAGCUGGAAUGCUUAGCGAAUCUAAACGAACCAAAUUGCGAAUGGAUGCAACAUCGCAAAUACCAAGCGUAUUCUGUACAUGAUUCAACCAUUGCAUCGCUACUCGCUUCGUUGAAUCUCGAAAAUGAAUUAUCAAAAAACUUUCCUACCUAUAAUUCAGCAAUUGCAUUUGAAACAUGGAAUAGAACUGCUGAAGGCAUUGCUAUACAAGUUCUAUACAGGAGAUCUGAUAAUGAUGUAUUUGAAUCGGUCACUCAUAUGAUCGACGGUUGUUCAAAUUUCAGCGAAUAUUGUCCGCUCAAAUUUUUCCAAAAACGCUCUAAAAUAUUUUUGCCUCAUGAUAUAAGGAAAGAAUGUAAGAUGAGAUAA